AUGGACUCACCGCCGUUCAAACCAAAGCCCGCAAUCCCCUCCCACCUCACCAAUGGCCCCUCGCCGCUCAGCAUCUCUACUGAAGCGCGUGACAGGAAGGAGAGGGACAAUCUGUUUGCUGCUAUAGAAAAGUCAAACCGCGGCCGCCAGAUUAUAAACUUCGAUGGACCGAACGGAUACCACCCCAAGUCGUCGACGAGCGCGAACAUGGACGGUCGCGGUCCUCACGACAGUCACAAGAUAGUCCACAGCGAGAUCGACGUGGAGGGUUACAACGAGGAUGGCCCUUCAAGAACACCGCUUGCCACCAGCCGCGCUCACAGCCCGUAUACCCAGCACCCCACCAUUGACUUUGACGGACUGAGCUGGCCAAGCCGAGGCACACGGGAGAGGAAGGAGGCAACGGAGAAUGCAAAGGAGGAACGCCUAGCAAAGCUGUCGGGCGCCGUGAGGACCAUCCUGGAGUGCGUGGGCGAGGACCCCGACCGCGAGGGACUGCUGGAUACACCAGAGCGGUAUGCAAAAGCCAUGCUCUUCUUCACGAAGGGCUACGAAGAGAACCUUCGCGACAUAGUAAAUGGCGCGGUAUUCCACGAGGACCACGAUGAGCUGGUGAUUGUCAAGGACAUUGAGUUCUUUUCGCUAUGCGAGCACCACUUGGUGCCCUUUUCUGGGAAGAUGCACAUCGGGUACAUCCCCAACCGCCGAGUGAUCGGUCUCUCCAAGAUCGCGAGAAUCGCCGAGAUGUUCUCCCGCCGUUUGCAAGUCCAGGAACGCCUCACCAAACAAGUCGCCCUCGCCCUCUCCGAAAUGCUCCAGCCGCAAGGCGUCGCCGUCGUAGUAGAGUCCAGUCACCUGUGUAUGGUGAUGCGCGGAGUUCAGAAGACAGGAGCAACUACCACCACUAGCUGCAUGCUCGGCCGGAUGCGGUCAACGGCGAAGACCCGGGAGGAAUUCCUGAAUCUAAUCAACCGGCGAUAG